AUGUAUAGCCAAGCCUGGGUUCCUAUCGCCAUAGCGGCACUGCCUCUCGGUGCACUCGCGGCGUCAGGGAAGGCGGUCACAACGAGAUUUUGGGAUUGCUGCAAGCCAUCAUGCGCAUGGUCCGGCAAAGCAGCAGUCAGCCAUCCGGUACUCACAUGCGAAAAGGGCGACAACAAAUUAUUUGACGCCCAGCUGGCCUCCGGUUGCGCAGGAGGACCAGCUUUUAUGUGCUCAGGGGCGAAACCAUGGGCCAUCAACGGGGUGGUGUCAUAUGGCUUUGCAGGCACAGCCAUCACCGGCGGCUCCGAAGCGAGUUGCCUCACGUUCACCUCCGGCAAAGUUAAGGGUAAAAAGAUGGUCGUCCAGUCACUCAACACGGGCACCGAUCUGACGAGCAACCAUUUCGACCUGCAAAUUCCUGGCGGCGGCCAGGGCAUCUUCUCGGGCUGCGUGGCCCAAUACGGCAGCAGCCCUGGCGCCCAGUACGGCGGCAUCUCGGAUCGGGAUCACUGCUCGCAGCUGCCCGCGGCACUGCGGGCAGGGUGCGAGUGGCGCUUCGACUGGUUCCUCGACGCGGACAACCCAGAUGUCGAGUUCGAGCAGGUCCAGUGCCCGAAGGAGCUGACGGCCGUCUCGGGCUGCAAGCGCGAGGACGACGGAAAGUUCCCUGUCUUCCAGAUGCCGACGGAAACGGCGAUUGCGGCCCCAACGCCGUCCGAGACGGCAGCAUUGUAUAAGCAGUGUGAUGGGCAUGGGUGGGAUGUUGCCAAGCUUUGCCUUUCCACUACGGCGUCAAGUAGCAAAGUGUCAUCAUCAACAUCUUCUGCAGCCGUCCAGGCUGCGGUUACAUCACAACCAGCAUCAAAUGGGUCGUCAAAGAGCAAUUUUAAACAGACUUUUCCUUUCAUGCUGCCCCUUCUUGCAUCAGUGGUGGGAGCUCUCCUCCUGAUCAACUAG